AGGAUCUCAGUUUACCCAAUGGUACCCCAGCAGAUACUUCAAGUCCAGCAUCAUCAUCCUCACUUCUUAACAGGCUACAACUAGAUGAUGACAUGGAUGGAGAGACAAGGGACCUCUUUGUUACUGUUGAUGACCCAAAGAAGCAUGUGUGCACUAUGGAAACUUAUAUAACCUAUCGUAUUAUGACCAAGACAACACGAGUAGAGUUUGACUUCCCUGAGUAUUCCAUACGCCGAAGGUACCAGGACUUUGAUUGGUUGAAGAAUAAACUUGAAGAAACCCAGCCCACUCACUUCAUUCCCCCUCUUCCAGAGAAAUUUGUAGUGAAAGGCGUAGUGGACCGUUUUUCUGAAGAGUUUGUGGAGACCAGAAGAAGAGCUUUGGACAAGUUUCUUAAGAGGAUUGCAGACCACCCUGUUCUCUCCUUCAAUGAGCACUUCCAUGUUUUUCUAACAUCUAAGGAUCUGAACAGUCACAAAAAACAGGGGGCCACUCUGCUUUCAAAGAUGGGAGAGUCUGUGCGAUAUGUAACAAGUGGAUACAAGCUCCGAAACCGCCCUUUGGAAUUUUCAGCCAUAGGAGAGUAUUUGGACACCUUUGCAUUAAAACUUGGAACUAUUGACAGGAUAGCACAACGCAUUAUUAAAGAGGAAGUAGAAUAUCUAGUGGAGCUUCGGGAGUAUGGUCCGGUCUAUUCUACCUGGAGUGCUCUGGAAGGAGAGCUAAGCGAGCCACUAGAGGGAGUGUCUGCCUGUGUUGGGAACUGCAGCACAGCACUAGAAGAGCUGACUGAGGACAUGACCGAAGACUUCCUUCCCGUGCUCAGAGAGUAUAUCCUUUACUCUGAAUCUAUGAAGAAUGUACUAAAGAAAAGGGAUCAAGUGCAGGCAGAAUAUGAGGCUAAACUGGACGCUGCAGCCUUGAGAAGAGAAGAAAGAACUGGGGGGCCAACUGAAGUAGAGAAGUGCCAGGACAAAGUAGAAUGCUUCAAUGCUGACUUGAAAGCAGACAUGGAAAGGUGGCAGAAUAACAAGAGGCAAGAUUUUCGCCAGCUGCUCAUGGGAAUGGCUGACAAAAAUAUUCAAUAUUAUGAAAAGGUAAAGAGAAUAAACAUUUAA